CUCGAUAGUUAACAGAACGAGAAAACUUCGUUCUCGCGAUUCGCAGCGUGAACAUAUAAAAAAAAUAUAUAAAAAUCAGCAUAAAAACGCAAAGUUAGUCUUCUUUCUAUCGAACAUUUUCUGCACGUUAACGUUAUUUAAAUUAUUUUUUUGUCGAAGACUUAUAGCAAAGAAAUUAAUUUUAGUGGAAUUUAAUUAUAAUAUAGCACAAAUAUGAAUUCUAUAUUUCGACUUGGUAUAAUUUUACUUCUACUUGAGAAAGAAGCCACAAAUAGUCUACGAUUAUCAAAAUUGGUUGUACCAUCAAUAAAAUAUCGUGGAGAAAAUGCACUACUAGAAUGUCAAUAUGAAUUAAAUAAUCGAAGCAGUAGCAAAUUUAAUUCCGGUUAUGAGAAUACAAAUUCUCGUCAUCAUUAUCGACGUAACAACUAUUUGUAUUAUGAUAAUGAGGAGGAUAUGGAUGAAACAUUAUAUUCUGUAAAAUGGUAUAAGGAUGAGGAAGAAUUUUAUCGUUUUGUUCCAAGGGCGAAUACUCCACAGAAUAGUUACAAUUUCGAUGGCAUAAAAGUCGAUCACAAGAGAAGCAAUAGCCACAAAGUCUUUUUAAGAAAUGUUUCACUAAAAAGUUCCGGUCUUUACAAAUGCGAAGUGUCUCUUGAGGGACCGUCAUUUUCAAGUGUACAAGGCGAAAGUUACAUGCUUGUUGUUUAUCUUCCAACUAAUGGACCAUUUAUAAAUGGCGAAGAGCAGACGUAUCAAUCGGGUGACAAAUUGAAUUUAAAUUGCACAUCAGCACGAAGUCAUCCGGCUUCAAAGUUACAAUUUUUUAUCAAUGAUAAUCCGAUAACAAAUCCCAAAUAUAUCAUUCAUUAUCCUGAUACACAUCACAACCAUGGCCUUAUCAGCACUUCCAUUGGUCUCAACAUGCGAAUAUCACCGCAAUAUUUUGAGCAAAAUACAAUGAGUAUUAAGUGUGUUGCGAGCAUAUCGCCCGUCAUAUGGAGUGGAAAUAAGGAAACGAUUAUACAACAGCAAGGCUUGCAGCAAUUUGAGAUACCAUUGCCUUCAAUUGACACAAGAGAAGCGAUGUUUUUAGUGAAAUCUAGCGCAAUUACAAUCAAGUCAAUGAUACAACUUGUCAUCACAUUUCUCUUCCUUCUAAAGUUUACUUAUCGAUGAGACAUGGCUUCAUUUUCAACAUCAAUAAAUAUCAUGAAACUGUAAAUAUUUUUCUGUUGUUUUCUUGUUUUUCAUUAUUUAUCUUAACAAAAUAGCUUGAAUAAUCAUAGACAUUCUUUAAGAGUGCUGCUGAAAGUGUGAUUUGUACGUUAAAAUAUUUGACCGAG